UUCAUUCGGACUAGAAAGUGAGAGGCAACUUGGUUUCGUUUCUGAACGCAGGCAGGGGCGGCGUGUUCCCGAGAACCGACUCCUCUUACACUGGAAGGAAGCAGCCCGAGGAGAGGGGAGGGUUCGUCUGGGGACUAAACUCCCAGCCUCUCCUGACGGACGACAGACACGGGACGAAACGCCGAAGUGCCGGAAAUGCCGACUCGUCCAGCUGCCGCCGAUCGAACGCGUGUUUGAGGACGAACACGGAGCAACGUAAAAGCGAUCUCCACCAGGGGAACCGCGCGGGGCUCUCUUCCAGUUUGAGUGCUCUGCCUGGUGUGUUUCCACCUGCGAGAGGCAAUGUCUUCCCAGUCAGAGGAGGAUCUGUCCUGUCCUGUCUGCCACGAUGUCUUCAAAGACCCUGUUGUCCUGUCCUGCAGCCACAGCUUCUGUAAAGACUGUGUGAAGAGCUGGUGGAGGGAGAAACAAAUACAGGAGUGUCCGGUUUGUAAGCACAUAUCUCCACAGUUGGAUCCACCUCGUAACUUGGUACUAAAGAACCUGUGUGAGAGCUUCUUACUGGAGAGGGAUCAGAGAGCUUCAGCAGGGUCUGGGUCUCUCUGCAGCCUGCACUCCGAGAAACUCAAACUCUUCUGUCUGGACCAUCAGCAGCCAGUGUGUCUCGUCUGUCUGCAUUCAAAAACACACAACGACCACAGAUUCAGACCCAUCGAUGAAGCUGCGCAGGAUCACAGAGAGGAGCUCCGGAAAACCUUGAAGCUCUUACAAGAGAAAUUGAAGCUGUUUGAACAAGUUAAAGGAAACUGGGAUCUGACAGCAAAACACAUUGAGGCCCAGGCCCGACACACAGAGAGACAGAUUAGGGAGCAGUUUAAGAAGCUCCGCCAGUUCCUACAAGAGGAAGAGGAGGCCAGGAUCGCUGCUCUGAGGGAGGAAGAGGAGCUGAAGAGUCAGAUGAUGAAGGAGGAGAUUGAGGCUCUGAGCAGAGAGAUAGCAGCUCUUUCAGACACAACCAGAGCCACAGAGGAGGAGCUGAGAGCUGAAGACGUCUUAUUCCUGCAGAACUACAAGGCUGCAGUGGAAAGAGUCCAGCAGCGCCCCCUGCCGGAUGAUCCAUGGCUGGUCUCGAGAGCUCUGAUAGACGUGGCCGAACAUCUGGGCAACCUGACCUUCAACAUCUGGAACAAGAUGAAAGAGAUGGUCUCCUACACUCCUGUGGUUCUGGAUCCAAACUCUGCUCAUCCAGAACUCAUCCUGUCUGAUGACCUGACCAGUGUGAGUCAUGGAGCGAGACAGAAGCUUCCUGACAAUCCAGACAGGUUUGACUCCUUUCACAUUGUCCUGGGCUCCAAGGGCUUUACCUCGGGGACUCACAGUUGGGACGUGGAGGUUGGAGACAAUACAUUCUGGUUUCUGGGUGUGGCUGCAAAGUCUGUCCAGAGGAAAGGAAACAAACAGUGUGGAAUGUGGAGAAUAGGAUUGUGUAAUGGUAAAUAUAAAGCCUUCUCCCAGUCAGCCCAACCAGUUGUUCUCUCAGUGAAGAAGAAGCUCCAGCAGGUCAGAGUUCUUCUGGACUGGGACAGAGGAAAAGUGUCGUUCUCCGAGCUUGAUACAAACACACACAUACACACCUUCACACACACUUUCACUGAAAAACUGUUUCCAUACAUUAGCAAUAGAAAUGAACUCCCGAUUAAGAUUUUAACGUGGGUGGAUGAGGAUGAGGAUGAGGAUGAGGAUGAUUUAAGCAGCGACGACGACUCUGAUUUGUAAAUGUACUCGCAGAAGGACCAUUCAUCUAACUUUAUCUAAUGUAAUUUCACUGUAUUUGUGUGGUAGGGGUACUGAAAUAGACUGAGAGCAGGACAAACACGUGAGAUGAACAUGGGGCAACUCCUCCAACGAUCCUGUCUGUAAAAGCAGAAUCGCUGUAAUUCUGCUCCGCCAGUCUUUUCAUUUUAUCUUGUUUUGGGGUUUGUUGUGAUGCUAGCAGUACGUUAGCAGAUCACCGUCUUCUGAUGAAAUCUGAAAACAUCUCAAACAUACGGAUGCUCCUCUCUGUGAAAGAGACAGAGUAAGACACACUUUGUCAACCCAAAAUGAGGUUUAAAAAAGUUAUUUAACUUUGGUGAUUCAGGAACUGAUAUGACAAAAUAUCUUUUAUUUUAAUUUGCUCUUUAUAUUGUAAUACUUGCUCUUGAUAGUCCUGUUCUUUUGCCUUGCUCCUGUUGUUUGUUUUUUUUUUCUCAUGUUUUUUUUGCCUCAUUCAU